CCAGCUGCAACAAUAUGGCCGCGCCCGUGAAUAAAUGGGGUUUCGACCUUAGUACUUUAUAACUUUACCCUUCUUUUUUUACAACUUAAGCCCUACAGAACGAAAAUUGCAUUGUGUGACUUUAUGUUUAGUUUAAAUUAUUAAUUGGUACCCUGUGUGAGAUUUGUUAAAGUAUCAUGUCUAGUUUGAGAGGAGUUGUGUGUCUAGGAUCUAAUAGGAAGCUACAAGUUUUAUUCUAUGGCAGACCAUUUUCAUUACCCAGCCUGUUGCAUAGCUCUUCUAAGAGCAAACUUAUUAUUCCAAGGGUGUCCAGUGUGUUAACUCUAGAUGAUUCCUUGACGCUCCAAUCAUUUAACUCUUUUGCUACCAGUACAAAACAUGAGUUUAGUGUGGUGACAAAAAAGUCAAAUGUAGACAGAACCCAAGUUGAUAAAAAGAAAUCUGAAUCCAAUCCAGUGGAUCAGCCUCAAGAGAAUGCAGGAGUGUUAUCUGGUGCAGGUGUUGACACAGAGGAUUUCUCUGUUAUCUUGAAAGCAGUUAAAGACACAGUGGCUAGGAAUUUUAUACCUCAGUGUCAAAAGCUGUUAAGUGAUUGGAGUAAAGCAGUUAAAGAACAAAAAGUCAAGGGUCAGGCAGUUAACCUGAAUGAGAUAGUGUCAAAAGAUGUGAGUUUGGUCACAGAGUAUGCCCUGACUCCAUCAGCUCCUUCCUUCCUGCGCAACCAGCUGCUGUCUGUAUUGCUGUCACAAGACACAGACUCUAGCCAGGCAGAACUUGUUUUAAACAACACGCUCUCAAACGCUAUGGUUUUGCCUGUUGGCGUUGUGGCUGAUAUAGUUCUUACAUUGUCAACAUCAGCUGCAACUCCAUUAAGAAAAGAAGUGCGUGAGAAGCUCUUGACCAGCAUUGUCAACAAGAGGUGGUACGAGAUCCCAGCCAAGCAUGCCGUUUUCUUUCUCUACCAGCUGGAUGAGGUUUUUGAUAUGAAAAGGUUAUCACAGGAGUUCCAGGCAAGGAACCGCGUAAAGAAAUUUAAUGAUAAAGACGCAUUUGAUCGUCUGUCCACUGAGAUUGGCCAGGAUCAAGAGGCUGACCAGCACGACCAGAGCUUGUACACACCAGACAGCUUGCCUGUGUUAAGCAUCAAUUUGGAGUCUAGAGUGUUGGAGCUGGCUGAUGAAAUGAAGGUCAAAGAUCUAGCUAGGGUCUUAACUGUUUUAGCCAAAUGGCGAAAUAGAAAUGAGACUCUCCUUAAUGCUGUGAUCCAUCGACUUAGCUUGGCAGAUAUAACAGAUUUUAAUUUUAUCCAAGCUAGUAAUUUAUUAUUUUCAUGUUCCGUGCUGAAUAUUAGAACUAGCAAUUUUCUCCUCAAACUGACUGACCACAUUUCUCAGCUUGACAUCCUGUCGCCAUCUCUAGCCUCUAGUGUUUUAGUGUCACUGUCACAUUUACAUUGGAAGGAUGAUAAACUACUCUCCAAGUGUCAACAAUAUUUAGCCAACAACAUUGAAGCCUUGUCAGUAGCAGAAGCUGCUAAUACUUUGAUGUCCUUGGCGCAUUUAUCAGCUGUGCCAUCUAGUGAGGAAGAAAAUAGUUUUAUCAAAGAUUUGACAAGAAAAGCCCUGGGUGCAGCACUGUCUCCCAGUGAGAGGGUCAAGUGUGUCUGGAGCCUGGCUGUCCUCAACUUGCUGGACGCUCAGCUGGCAGAGGAGGUGUUAGACCCAAACUUCACCCAGCAACUCUUAGAUGCUGGUACAUUUAAAAAAGUCACAAACAUAAAAAAGUUGAGAAUUAUAAACUUAGCUGCCCAGUAUGAAGUAAAAAAUUACAAGGGACCUGUAUUGUCACCCAAAGUUCUUAGUUCUACAGAGGCAUCAACACUGUGUGAUGAUCAGACUCUGGUCAAGACAUUUGGGAAAGCUUUAAGCAAGUUUGCCAACAUCAAAACAUAUGCACAGCUGGCUCAGACAAUACAGGCUGGACUUCAAGCAGAUGCCGUGAUGCAGGCCAACACCAGUGGAGAUGUCCAGCCACUGGACAGACCAGAGAGUAACACAGAAAACACUUUCAGGCUUGUCAUACAGUUGAUCCCAUUCACUGGUGUCAUUAGCCCUCAGCAAAUACCAACAGGUGAUUAUCAAGUGAUCACCAGAGUUUUUCAACAUUUAGGUUAUGUACCUGUUCAUGUUUUUUACUCUGACCUGAAGCCUUCUCUGAGUGUGGUGGAGCACAUUACCAACAUGAGAGCCAGGAUAAAGGAGUGUGUCAAGGCCAGCAGAUAGAGAUGACAUCGCCCACAAGUUUUCUUUUGUCCAACAAGUUUUUGUAUCUCUGUACUUCUUCAUCUGAUAUAAAUGGUUUUAAAUACUU